AACUGUUUCCGGGUCGUCCCUGUGGUCCUGCUCCUCCGUGCACACGCGUUCUGCAUCAAGCAAAACCUCUGCUCUAAACACCCGGAGAGAGAGACCUAUCUUCCGACUGAAGCAGCGCAGAGAGCCGCCGCACAGACACCAUGGCUCCGCCGCGGUCCAAGAAGCGCCGCCCGUCGUUCCGGCGUCUGCUGAAGACGAGCGGCGUGAAGCUGCAGAACAAACUGCAGAACCGAACCAACAAGCAGCAGAACGUGGCCAAGAAGCAGCGCAAAGAGCAGAAGAAGAUGAGGGCAGCUGUGAAGGAUGCCAUCGUCAAAACGCCACGGCCGCUCGAGACGUACCGGAAGACCCCCGAGGAGGAGCUGGAGGAGGAGGAGGAGUUCCUGGAGACGCUGCCCACUGACAUGAUGGAGGAGGAGAACCUGGAGGAGAUCAGAGCCAUGGCAACACAAGCAUCCUUCAUCACCAGAGACCUGUCGGCAUGCGCUCCGGUGCACAGCGGGAAGAAGAGGAGCUCUGAGGAGGUCCGGAACUACGAGAAGAUUCCCAGGAAGCUGGCGAGGACGGAGGAGAAGGAGGUGAUCCACCUGCUGCCAAUCAAAGACAAGAAGAGGGGGGUCGUCCCUCAGAGCUUCGAGAGAGUAAUAGAGAGGAAACCUGAGGAGGAGGAGGAGGAGGAUGAAGAAGAAGAGGAGCAGGAGGAGAACCUCCAUGAGGUGGCGCAGGAGAGCUCUGGAGGGCUGACCGCCGAGCAGAUCGAGGCUCUGCGCAUCCAGAAGAUCCACGACAGGAAGCUGACCAUCGCCCGCCUUGGGUCCGCCGUCAUGUCGGACCCCUACAGCAACAUCAAGCGUCUGAAGGAGCUGAGGGGGAUGCUGAUGGAGUCCGACCCGGCGGUGGCGGUGACGGUUCGGAAGCUGGUGAUGGUUUCUCUGAUGGAGAUCUUUAAAGACGUCGCCCCGACCUACAGGAUCCGACCUCUGACCGCUGAGGAGAAGGCCGCUAAGGUGAAGAAGGACACGCAGCAGGUCAGAGACUUCGAGGAGGGUCUGGUGAGUCAGUACAAGUUCUACCUGGAGGAUCUGGAGCAGACGGUGAAAGACUGGAAGCAGAAGAAGAAGAAGCGCAGUCAGGCGGUCAGCUUGGACUCGUACCUGGGCCUGGCCGAGGUUUCCAUCCGCUGCCUGUGUGAGCUGCUGCUGGCUCUGCCUCACUUCAACUUCCACAACAACAUCAUCGUCGUCCUCGUGCCGCUGAUGAACGACCCCGUCAAGACGGUGUCUGUGAUGUGCUGCGAUGCGUUCAGGAAGCUCUUCCAGCAGGACAAAGAGGGGGGGCCGUCGCUGGCCACGGUGCGGGUCAUCUCCGGACUUGUGAAGAGACACAACUACGCCGUCCGGCCCGAGGUCCUGAAGACCCUGCUCAGCCUCCGGAUCAAAGAGGUCCAGAUGAAGAAGGACAUGGAGGACACGGCGCCGAGGAAGAAGUUCAUGAACAACAAGGAGAAGAGGAAGAAGCUGUCCAGGAUGCAGAGGAAGUGGAAGAAGGCGGAGGAGAAGCUGGAGAAAGAGCUGCUGGAGGCCGAGGCCUCGGAGAGCAAAGACAAGAAGAUCAAACUGCACACGGAGACUCUGAACAUCGUCUUCCUCAUCUACUUCAGGAUCAUGAAGAAGGCUCAGAAAUCUGUCCUGAUCCCCGCGGUGCUGGAGGGGCUGGCCAACUUUGCUCACCUGAUCAACCUGGAGUUCUUCGACGACCUGCUGAACGUGAUGCAGGGCCUCAUCCAAUCAGGAGACCUGAGCCCCAGAGAGAGCCUGCACUGCAUCCAGACCGUGUUCACCAUCCUGUCCGGACAAGGGGACGUGCUGAACAUCGACCCCCUGAACUUCUACUCUCAGCUCUACAGGAUCCUGCUGCUGGUCCACGCAGGGGCUCCUAACGAUGACAUCAUCAUCGUGCUGCGCUGCGUGGACGCCAUGCUGACGCGGCGCAGGAAGCAGGUGUCUCUGCAGAGAGCCAUGGCGUUCAUCAAGAGGCUGAGCACGCUCAGUCUGACGCUGCUGCCCAGCGGCGCCACCGCCACCCUGCAUUGCUGCAGGGCCGCGCUGCACGCGUUCCCUAAGUGUGACUUCCUGUUGGAUAACGAGGUUCAGGGCAGCGGCUUCUUCCUGCCGGAGCUCAACGAGCCGGAGCACUGCAACGCUCAGAACACAGCGCUGUGGGAGCUACACACUCUACAGAGACAUUUCCACCCAGUGGUUCGCAGGUUGGCCUCUCACCUGAGUCAUGGAGCUCCCAGUGAUGGAGGGGGGGCACUGGGCCCCGAGCUCAGCCGCAGGACCCCUGUGGAACUGUUCAAGAUCUACAGUGUGAAGGACCUGACCUUCGACCCCCCUGCUGCCCCAACCACCAAGAAGAAGGAUCGUUUCGUCACGGGGGGGGCGCUGCUGGACCCUGAGCUGCAGAGACAGGCCGAGAGCGCCAUGACCCUCCCCCCCGACACCGAGCUGGACUUCACUGCAGCUUACACACACACCGACACAGACACUGAUACACACACCGACUCACACUCUGACUCACACACUGACACACAGGCAACGACACACACCUGCCUUCAGAAUGGAACACCGGCAGGAGGAGCAGUUUGUUCAUAAUGGUUUCUUCGUCAGCUUUAUUUCUGUUCGUCUGAAUAAACUCUUUUUAUUGGAGCAGAGUCCUGCAUGUUCUCCUCAUGUUUUUACACUAAGGGGCGGGACAUCUGUAAGCAGUUGACCAAUCACAACAGAGCCGGCCAGUUAACCAAUCAGAGCUGACUGGGCUCUGGUUUCAGACAGAGGGUGAAAAGCUUUGUGAACAUUGAAGGUGAAUCUGCCGGUCGGUUUUAAAGGGUUAGGGUGUUUUUGUUUUUGUUGUUUAUUCAGUGGUGGAGAUUAAAAACAUUGAAUCAC